AUGAGGAUUAUUCACAUCAGCAGUGCCCGGUACAGCAGGGACUGUGGCUGUGUUCAGUCAGGCUCUGAUGCUAACGUCAUGCUGCUGUCACGGGACGGGCCGACAGUGACGGUGGAAGCGAUGAGAGCAGAUGAGGGCACAGCUUUGGUGAUCUGCAGCUUCCGGGGCUCAGUGGCUCAGGGUCUGGCUCUGGAGGUCGGAGAGACGGUCCAGAUCCUGGAAAAAUGUGAAGGAUGGUACCGAGGAUUCUCGACGAGGAAGCCAAAUGUCAAGGGAGUUUUCCCAGCCAGCUACGUUCACCUGAAGAAAGCCAUCGUCACCAACCGAGGGCCACAUGAGACUGUGGUGCCUCUCGAAGACCCCAUUGUUACCGAGGUGACGUCAACUCUACAGGAGUGGGCCUUACUAUGGAAGCAGCUCUAUGUGAAACACAAAGUGGAUCUGUUCUACAAGGUUCGCCACGUCAUGAUGGAGCUGAUCGACCUGAGGAGGCAGCUCCUGUCCGGCCACCUGACGCAGGACCAGAGCCGAGACGUCAAGAGACACAUCACCGUCCGGCUGGACUGGGGCAACGAACACCUGGGUCUGGACUUGGUGCCAAGAAAGGAGUUUGAGAUGGUGGAUGAAGACCAGAUAAGCGUGUCAGAUCUUUAUAAGAUGCAUCUGUCCAGCAGACACAGUGUACAGCAGAGUACCACACAGGGCGACGGCACCCGGCAGCGACACGGCGAGCCCUGCAGAGUUCCAGUCCCACACCACCUCCUGGUCAACCUGAAGAGCUUCACUUACAACAGCAUCGGAGAGGACACUGACAUAUUCUUCUCCCUCUAUGACCUGAGAGAGGGGAAGGCCAUCAGUGAGAAGUUCAUGGUCAGACUGAACAAGAACGGAGGACCGAAGAAUCCAGAGAAGGUGGACAGGCUGUGUGCCCUGUUCACGGACCUGAGCAACAAAGACAUGAAGAGAGAUCUCUACAUCAUCUCCCAGGUCAUCAGAACAGGUCGCAUGCUGCUCAAUGACAGUAAGAAGGGUCCUCCGCAUGUCCAGUACCGCCGACCUUACGGCUGUGCCGUCCUGGCCAUGAGCGACGUGCUGCAAACCAUCUCAGAGCUCAAAGAGGAGAAAGACUUUGUCCUUAAAGUCUACACGUGCAACAACGAGACCGAGUGGUACCAGAUCCACGAGAACAUCAUCCGCAAGUCCAGCACCAAAUACACAGCUCCCAGCACCAACUACGGUCUGAUCAUCUCUCUGCAGCUCCUGAGGGGCGACAUGGAGCAGGUCCGCAGAGAAAACCCGCUCAUUUUCAGCAGGGGGGUGGCUAACACUCGCAAACUGGGCUUCCCUGAUGUCAUCAUGCCAGGUGACAUCCGGAACGACCUGUACCUGACGCUGGAGCGAGGGGACUUUGAGAGAGGAGGGAAGAGCGUUCAGAAGAACAUUGAGGUCACCGUCUAUGUGCUCUACGCCGAUGGAGAGAUCCUCAAGGACUGCAUCAGUCUGGGUUCAGGUGAGCCCAGCGUGCCGGAGCACCGCUCCUUCGUGCUCUACCAUAACAACAGCCCCCGAUGGAGCGAAGUUAUUAAACUGCCGAUUCCCAUCGACCGUUUCAGAGGGUCCCACCUGCGCUUCGAGUUCAGACACUGCUCCACAAAAGACAAAGGUGAGAAGAAGCUGUUUGGUUUUGCCUUCACUCCUCUGAUGAGGGAGGAUGGAACCACUCUCUCAGACGAGAGCCACGAACUCUACGUUUACAAGUGCGAUGAGAACACCACCUUCAGUAACCACGCCCUCUACCUGGGCCUGCCCUGCUGUAAAGAGGACUUCAACAGCUGCCCCAGCAUCCCCUCCAGCCUCAUCUUCCAGCGCAGCGCCAAGGAGACGUUCUGGAUCUCCACGCAGCUCUCCUCCACGAAGCUCACUCAGAACGUGGACCUGCUGGCCCUGCUGAAGUGGAAGGCCCAUCCGGACCGGGUCAUGGACAUCCUGGGCCGGCUCCGACACGUCAGCGGAGAGGAGAUAGUGAAGUUUCUUCAAGACAUUCUGGACACAUUAUUUUCCAUUUUGGACGACAACACUGACAAAUAUGGACCACUGGUGUUCCAGUCAUUGGUGUUCAUCAUCAACCUGCUCAGGGACAGUAAAUAUUACCACUUCAGGCCGGUGAUGGACACUUACAUCCAGAAGCACUUUGCUGGCGCGUUGGCUUACAAAGAGCUGAUCCGCUGUCUGAAGUGGUACAUGGACCGCUCUGCAGAGGUGGUGAGACAGGACCACAUACAGGAAGCAAUGAGGGCUCUGGAGUAUCUGUUCAAGUUCAUCGUCCAGUCGCGGAUCCUCUACUCUCGAGCCACCUGUGGGAUGGAGGAGGAGCAGUUCCGCACCAGCAUCCAGGAACUGUUCCAGUCCAUCCGCUUCGUCCUGAGCCUGGACAGCCGCAACUCAGAGACCCUCAUCUUCACACAGGCCGCUCUGUUGAACUCGUUUCCGGCCAUCUUUGAUGAGCUGCUGCAGAUGUUUACGGUGCAAGAAGUGGCAGAGUUCGUGCGCGGCACGCUGGGCAGCAUGCCGUCCACGGUGCACAUUGGACAGUCCAUGGACGUGGUCAAACUGCAGUCCAUCGCCCGGACAGUGGACAGCAGACUCUUCUCUUUCCCAGAGUCUCGAAGGAUCCUGCUUCCUGUGGUCCUGCAUCACAUCCAUCUCCAUCUGAGGCAGCAGAAAGAGCUGCUCAUCUGCUCUGGGAUACUCAGCUCUAUAUUCUCCAUUAUCAAGACCAGCUCACUGGACACGUCAGUGCAGGAGGAGGUGGAGAUGAUGGUCGAGUCCCUGCUGGACGUCCUCCUGCAGACCCUGCUGUCAAUCAUGAGCAAGAGCCAAUCGCAGGAGGCGGUAAGGGGUCAACGCUGUCCGCAGUGCACCGCGGAGAUCACUGGAGAGUACGUGUCCUGCCUCCUGUCCCUCCUGCGGCAGAUGACGGACAUCCACUUCCAGCGCCUGAUGGAAAACUUUCAGAGCAAGGAGGAGCUCAAGGAGUUCUUGUUGAAGAUUUUGUGUGUGUUCAGAAAUCUGAUGAAGCUCAGCAUUUUCCCCCGCGACUGGAAUGUCAUGAGGCUCCUCACCAGCAACAUCAUCCUGACCACAGCUCAGUACCUCUCCCCUGCUCUGCACAAGAACUUCACAGAAGCCGACUUCGACUUUAAGGUGUGGAACUCCUACUUCAGCCUGGCAGUGCUGUACAUCAACCAGCCCAGUUUACAGCUGGAAAACCUGAGUCCUGCUAAGAGGAAGAAGGUCUUAGACAAGUACGGAGACAUGAGAGUGAUGAUGACCUACGAGCUGUUCAGUAUGUGGCAGAACCUCGGUGAGAAUAAGAUCCAUUUCAUCCCCGGCAUGAUCGGCCCGUUCCUGGGAGUGACGCUGGUUCCGCAGGUGGAGGUGCGAAACAUCAUGAUCCCCAUCUUCCACGACAUGAUGGACUGGGAGCAACGCAAGAACGGAAACUUCAAACAGGUGGAGGCUGAGCUGAUUGACAAGUUGGACAGUUUGGUUUCUGAGGGAAAAGGCGACGAGAACUACAGAGAACUCUUCAGUUUGCUAACCCAGCUGUUUGGGCCCUACCCCAGUCUGCUGGAGAAGAUCGAGCAGGAGACGUGGAGAGAGACGGGCAUCUCGUUCGUUACCUCGGUCACUCGGCUGAUGGAGCGACUGCUGGACUACCGAGACUGCAUGAAGGGAGACGAGACGGAGAACAAGAAGAUCGGCUGCACUGUCAACCUCCUGAAUUUCUACAAGUCAGAGAUCAACAAGGAGGAGAUGUACAUCCGCUACAUCCACAAACUGUGUGACAUGCAUCUGCAGGCUGAGAACUACACCGAGGCUGCGUUCACCCUGCUGUUAUACUGGGAGCUGCUGCACUGGGACGAGCGGCCUCUCAAAGAGUUCCUGCAUUAUCCUGCUCAGACCGAGUGGCAUCGCAAAGAGGGGCUCUGCCGCAAAGUCAUCCACUACUUCAACAAGGGAAAGUGCUGGGAGUUCGGUAUUCCUCUGUGCAGGGAGCUGGCCUUCCAGUAUGAAUCUCUGUAUGACUACCAGAGUCUGAGCUGGAUCCGGAAAAUGGAGGCAGCGUACUACGACAACAUCAUGGAGCAGCAGCGUCUGGAGCCGGAGUUCUUCAGGGUUGGAUUCUACGGCAGGAAGUUCCCGUUCUUCCUCAGAAACAAAGAGUUUGUCUGUCGCGGCCACGACUACGAAAGGCUAGAGGCCUUCCAGCAAAGGAUGCUGGGAGAAUUCCCACAGGCCAUUGCGAUGCAGCACCCCAACCAGCCAGACGAGGCCAUUCUGCAGUGUGACGCACAGUACCUCCAGAUCUACGCAGUAACUCCGGUGCCGGACAGCGUCAGCGUCCUCCAGAUGGACAGAGUCCCCGAUCGCAUCAAGAGCUUCUACCGUGUCAACAAUGUUCGCCGUUUCCGCUACGACCGACCCUUCCACAAAGGGCCCAAAGACCGAGACAAUGAGUUCAAGAGUCUGUGGAUAGAGAGGACGACCCUGAUCCUCACCCACCCCCUGCCGGGCAUUUCACGCUGGUUUGAGGUGGACAAGAGAGAGCUGGUGGAGGUGAGUCCGUUAGAGAACGCCAUCUCUGUGGUGGAGAACAAGAACCAGGAGCUGCGGACCCUGAUCAGCCAGUACCAACACAAGCAGCUGCACGGCAACAUCAACCUGCUCAGCAUGACGCUGAACGGGGUCAUCGACGCCGCUGUGAACGGAGGCAUCGCCAGAUACCAAGAGGCUUUCUUUGAUAAGGAUUACAUCAGCAGCCACCCUGAAGACACAGAGAAGAUCACACAGCUCAAAGACCUGAUGCAGGAGCAGGUUCACGUCCUCGGAGUCGGCCUGGCCGUGCACGAGAAGCUGGUGCACCCAGAAAUGCGUCCCCUGCACAAGAAGCUGAUCGAUCAGUUCCAGAUGAUGAGGAGCAGCCUCUGCCAUUGUUUCUAUGUGGCGCUGCAGGGUCUGCCGGGUUUAGACAAGGCCGGUUCAGGAACCAACACUCCCAGAGGGAUGCUGGCCUCUCACGGCCCCAUGAGCCCCGAGAGCUUCAAACUCAUGCACCGGCACAGCGAGGCAGGGGCCGUUGGCAGUCUGCUGAUCCUGGCUGACGGCAUGGUGGUGGAGAACCCCGAGGACUUCUACCGCAUGCAGGCAAGCCCCUCCUCCUCCAGCCUGAGCUCCACCCACUCUGCACCGUCACAGAUGAUAAACUCCGCCCCCUCCACCAUCAGAGUCGGAUCUCCGUCCCUGCCAGACAAAUACAGACACAACAGAGAGAUGCUGAUGCUGCUGCCGCCGCACAGAGAGCGACCGAGCAGCGCCAUGUACACCAACAUCACCGAGAACGGACAGCCAACCAACUUCCAGCGAGCGUUGUUCCAUCAGGUGAUUGGUCCCUGCAAACCCUGCAGUGACCCCAACCUCUCUGUGGCUGAGAAAGUCCUCACCACUCCCAGUAGUUGGAGUUUGGACAGUGGUACCAGAGAAGCCCUCCCCUUCCUCUCUGCCCAUGUUGGCAGCGUCAUGGCGCCUCCCGUCCCCCCACGCAACCUGCCUCAUGUCAGUCCUGCUGUGUCUCCCCUUGUAGGGCAGCACCUGUCGAUGCACUUUGACGCUUUCCACCACCAGGUCAGCGACCUCCCUCCAGCUCUCCCUGCGCGCUCCUUGAGAAAGUCCCCCCUGCACCCUAUACCUGCCUCGCCCACCAGUCCACAGUCCAUCCUGGAUGGCAGUAACUCCACCUUGUCGGGCAGCGCCAGCUCUGGAGUCUCCUCCCUCAGUGAGAGUAACUUCGGCGGCCCCGCCUCCUCCUCCGACCCCCCGGCCAGUCGCACAGACACCCUGGAGUCCGCCCCCAGCAGCCAGGCCUGGACCACCGACCAGGAAGACCUGGACUCACCUUACCAACCCGUCAGGUACAGCGUCUCCGAGCCGGAAGUCCUGGACGGAGUCAAACCCCCGCCCUGCCGCAGCCACUCCGCCCCGGGAGGCGUCACCCCGGCCCAUGCAGGGGGCCAAAUCCAGCCCCAGGCUCCGGCCUCCAGCGGAGCUCCUCAACAACCGCAGCAGCAGGAUGGGCUGCCGCACCCCCAACACCACCUCUACUACCACCACUUCCACCCGCACUACAUCCCCCACCACCCACCUCUCUACCACCUCCACGAGCCCCCUCCAGCCCUGCCCCCCAAACCCUACCUCAGAGAGGGGUGCAUCCCUGAAGAAGACCCCCUGAACACCCAGUCCGCACCGCCUCCCCCUGCACCCCGACCCAUGCCACGCAAGAUCUCCCAGCCCAUAAUCGCAGCGACCAAGGAUGAGCAAGCUAAGGUGGCCUGGGAGCACGGCAUCAGUGAGGAGUGACACGGCGCUGAUGAUGACGAGACGAAGAGUCUAACAGUGAUGGUGACAAACUGUCCCCGGUUGUCCCAGUUCAAUAACCAAACUAAUCACUAAAGAUGAAGAGUGAUCGGCUCUCACAGCCGCGACAGUCAGCUUCAUCAUCCUUUAACCAAACGACCUUCCUCAUGUCGCUGCAUCCGUGUGUGAGCACGUCAAGCUUCGUUCGUUC